UUUUUAGUUCUUAACUUAAUUGUACACUUUGUUCAGAAAAUCAAGAUACUGUUGGAGAGUCAGGUCAUGUGCCGUUUGAAGCAGGAGGCGCAGUCCGUGACAUCCUUAGAUCUUUGUCUCGACACGUCUGUUCACUUCCUGCUUGGAAGCAAGAGGAAGAGCGGGCUGGGAAGUGGGCACCGAAAAGUGCGGGACUUGAACACCACCUUCCAGUUGGUGCCAAUCCGAACAUGAGCGAGCAGAUACCAGCCUGAGAAAACGCACGGGGACUAGCUUGCGAUCGCUCCAACUUGCCGCUUCACCUGCAGAGCCAACAUGUCGGACUCUGCGUCCAGUUUCCUGCACAUCGGGGACCUGGUGUCCCUGUACGCCGAGGGCACUGUCAAUGGCUUCAUCAGCACUCUGGGGUUGGUGGAUGAUCGCUGUGUGGUUGAACCAGCUGCUGGAGAUUUGGAGAACCCCCCCAAGAAGUUCAGAGACUGCCUGUUCAAGGUGUGUCCGAUGAGUCGCUACUCUGCACAGAAGCAGUUCUGGAAGGCCAAACAAGCCAAACAUGAGAGAGACAAGAUUGGUGAUGUGGUUCUGCUGCAAAAACUUCAGCAUGCAUCCAACCUGGAGCAGAAGCAGAACGAGACUGAGAACAAGAAGGUUCAUGGAGAUGUGGUCAAGUACGGAGCUGUCAUCCAGCUUCUGCACAUGAAGAGCAACAAGUACCUAACGGUAAACAAGCGUUUACCGGCGCUUCUGGAGAAGAAUGCCAUGCGCGUCACGCUGGAUGGGACCGGCAAUGAAGGAUCCUGGCUAUUUAUCCAACCCUUCUGGAAGCUGCGUGCCAACGGAGACAAUGUUGUGGUGGGAGACAAAGUGAUCUUGAACCCAGUCAACGCGGGCCAGCCACUUCACGCAUCAAACUAUGAGCUGAGUGAUCACCUGGGCUGUAAGGAGGUCAACUCUGUCAACAGCAACACCAGCUGGAAGAUCAACUUGUUCAUGAUGUUCAGUGACCACAGGGAUGAAGUGCUUAAAGGCGGCGAUGUGGUGCGUUUGUUUCAUGCUGAGCAGGAAAAGUUUCUGACAUGCGAUGAGUACAAAAACAACCUUCACGUUUUCCUACGUACGACGUUGAGACAGUCAGCUACAUCAGCUACUAGCUCAAAUGCUCUGUGGGAGGUUGAGGUUGUCCAUCAUGACCCAUGCCGUGGAGGGGCAGGACACUGGAACAGCUUGUACCGCUUCAAACACCUUGCCACUGGAAACUAUCUGGCAGCAGAGGAGAAUCCUGGUUACCGAGGGGACGGUGUAGAGAUUUCCUCCUUGAUGAAAGACAGUCGCAGCAGCAAGCGUUCACAUGGUGAAAGGAUCAAGUACAAGCUGGUGGCCAUGGCGCAGGGCAACGACAUUGCCUCCCUCUUUGAGUUGGACCCCACUACGCUGCAGAAGACUGAUUCUUUUGUUCCGCGGAACUCAUUUGUCCGCUUGAGGCACCUCUGCACCAACACAUGGAUCCAGAGCACCAACGUCCCCAUUGAUGUUGAUGAGGAGAGACCCAUAAGACUCAUGUUAGGAACGUGUCCCACCAAAGAGGACAAGGAAGCCUUUGCCAUCGUCUCUGUUCCCGUGAUGGAGAUUCGGGAUCUAGAUUUUGCCAACGAUGCGAGUGCCAUGUUGAGCACCGUAGUGGAUCAGUUCAGUUUCGGUUACAUCAGCCAGAACGACCGCCGCUUUGCCGUCAAGCUGCUGGAGGAUGUAGUCUUCUUUGUGGCAGACACCAUCAACAGUGGCCAACCAGUGUUGGACGUCACCAUGACCAAAGCCAACCGUGAGAGGCAGAAGCUGAUGAGAGAGCAGAACAUCCUCAAGCAGAUCUUUGGCAUCCUCAAGGUGCCUUUCAAGGACCGCAGUGGGGGGGAGGGCCCACUGCUACGUCUGGAGGAGCUGGCUGACCAGAAGAACUCUCCCUACCAAUACAUGUUUCGACUCUGCUACCGCAUCCUACGACAUUCUCAGGAGGACUACCGCAAAAACCAGGAGCACAUCGCCAAGCAGUUCGGCCUGAUGCAGGGUCAGAUCGGCUAUGACAUUCUUGCAGAGGACACCAUCACAGCGCUUCUACACAACAACCGAAAGCUGCUGGAGAAACACAUCACCAAGACUGAGGUGGAGACUUUCGUCAGCCUAGUUCGGAAGAACCGUGAGCCCCGAUUUCUGGACUACCUGUCCGACUUGUGUGUAUCCAAUAACGUGGCCAUCCCUGUCACUCAGGAACUCAUCUGCAAAUGUGUGCUUGAGCCCAAAAACCAGGAUAUCCUUAUCAAGACUGAGCGCCGGGUACCAAAAGAGGCAGCCCCUGGUGAAAUCCCUACAGAGUAUAUGGGAGUGGACGACUAUGCAGACGAAGACGAGGUUUGGCUUGUGUGGGCCGACAAAACCAAUGAGAAGCAGGAGAAGAGCAUAAGGCAGCUCGCUCAGGAGGCCCGACAAGGCAACACCCAUGACGAAAAUGUUCUUACCUACUACAGGUACCAACUGAAGCUUUUUGCCAGAAUGUGUUUGGACCGCCAAUACUUGGCCAUCGAUGAGAUCUCCAAGCAGCUGGAUGUGGAGCUCAUCUUUCUGUGCAUGAUGGAUGAGACACUUCCCUUUGACCUGCGUGCAUCCUUCUGUCGCCUGAUGCUGCACACCCACGUGGACCGAGACCCACAGGAACUAGUCACUCCAGUCAAGUUUGCUCGACUCUGGACCGAGAUUCCCACCUCCAUCUCUAUCAAGGAUUACGAUGCCAAUAUGGAUGACAGCAGAGACAACAAGAAGAACCGCUUCGCCAACACCAUGGUCUUCAUGGAGGAGUAUCUCAACAACGUGUUGAAUGAGGAGCUACCAUUUCACAAUGAGGAGAAAAAUAAGAUGACCUACGAGGUGGUUAGUUUGGCCCGACAUCUCAUCUACUUUGGGUUCUAUAGCUUCUUUGAGCUGCUGCGACUCACCAGAACCCUGCUGGGCAUUAUUGACUGUGGGCCCAACCCUUCACAUGGCUCUGCACUGUUCCAUGAAGAUGGAACAGGUGAACCUGCCAGCAGAUCCCACAGCCAGUCACAACGGAAAAAUGUGAAACGCUCCAUCCAUGGUAUGGGCCAGAUGAUGACAACCAUGGUUCUCAGUAGGAAGCAGUCCUUAUUUGGUGGGGUAGGGGGCCGAGGGGGAGGGCUUGUGCUUGAUGGACAACGAGUGACGAAAAACAGCAUUGACAAGAUGGGCCUGACAGUAAUGGACACAAAGCUGAAGAUUCUCGAAAUCUUGCAGUUCAUCCUGAAUGUGCGUCUGGACUACCGUCUGUCCUUCCUACUGUCCGUCUUCAAGAAAGAAUUUGUGGAUGUCUACCCACUGGCCGAGGCUGAUGCCACCACCAAUUUGGAGAUUGCAGCCACCCUCAACCUGCAUCACAUUGGAGAGCAGGCAGAGGCCAUGUUUGGAGUCGGGAAGGGGAACAGUAUUUUAGAGGUGGAUGAUGAAGGCGGCCGCAUGUUCCUGCGUGUCCUGAUCCACCUCACCAUGCACGACUAUCCACCGUUGGUGUCCGGAGCUUUGCAACUGCUCUUCAGACACUUCAGCCAGAGGCAGGAAGUACUGCACACCUUCAAGCAGGUCCAGCUACUCAUCUCGGCUCAGGAUGUUGAGAAUUACAAGAUGAUCAAAUUGGAUCUGGACUGUCUGAGGACGUUGGUUGAGAAGUCUGAGCUGUGGGUGGAGAAAAAGAUGUCCGGAGGUGGAGAUGGCAAGAAGGAAAAGAAAGAGAAAGUGGAGGGGGCAGCGGAGGAUGCCACCCCCAUGAAGGAGAAAGGCGAGAAGAACGAAAACUAUCAGAACGUCAAAGAGAUACUAGAGAGGCUAAAUAAGAUGUGCAGCAGUGGAGUUUGGAAGAAGCAGCAGAGGUUGCUAAAGAACAUGGGCGCUCAUAAAGUCAUGCUGGAUCUGCUGCAGGUCUCCUAUGACCAGAGCGAUGUGAAGAUGCAAGAGAUUAUCAGAUACACUCACCUGUUCUUGCAGAAAUUCUCCAUGGGAAACCAGGAGAACCAAGUUCUGUUGCACAAGAACCUCAGUCUCUUCCUCAAUCCAGGGCUACUAGAGGCAGAAACUCUGCAGCACAUCUUCAGCAACAACUACCAGUUAUGCACGGAGAUCUCGGAGAGUGUUCUGCAGCACUUCAUUCACUGUUUGGCCACACACGGACGACAUGUGCACUACCUCAAUUUCCUGCACACCAUCAUUAAGGCUGAGGGCAAGUAUGUCAAGAAGUGCCAGGACAUGAUCAUGACAGAGCUGACCAAUGCCGGCGAGGACGUAGUUGUCUUCUACAAUGACAAGGCCUCUUUCAAUGUAAUGUUGGAGUUGAUGGCUGAAAGCAGGGAGGGCGUUGGUGAAAACAGCCCGCUCAGGUACCACAUAUCGCUGGUGGAGCUGCUGGCGGCGUGUGCUGAGGGCAAGAAUGUCUACACAGAGAUCAAGUGCACAUCUCUAUUACCACUGGAGGAUGUCGUCCGCGUGGUGACGCAUGAGGACUGCAUCCCAGAGGUGAAAGUUGCUUACGUCAACUUCGUCAAUCACUGCUACGUGGACACGGAGGUGGAGAUGAAGGAGAUCUACACAUCCAACCACAUCUGGAAGCUAUUUGAGGACUUCACAGUUGAUAUGGCCCGAGUGUGCAACAAGCGGGACAAGCGACUUUCUGAUCCCGUCUUGGAGAAGUACAUCAUCAAUGUGGUCUUUGAUACCAUUAACGCCUUCUUUAGCUCACCCUUCUCAGAGAACAGCACGGCGCUGCAGAGUCAUCACACUAUUGUCACACAGCUGCUGCAGUCAUCUGUGCGGCUGCUGGACUGUCCUUGGUUGCAGCAGCAAUAUCGAAGCCAAGUGGAGACCUGCAUCAAGACCCUUGCCGUCACAGCCAAGAGCCGCUCCAUUGCUCUACCUCUGGACCUGGAGGCUCAGAUUAGCGCCAUGUUAUCCACCAGCGCUCUAAACUCACUGUCGCGCUCCAAUACCAGCUAUAAAUUACCAUCACGCUCAACACGGCCGGUUGGAUCCAGCAACCUCUGCGACUACAAGAACAUCAUUGAGAAACUACAGGACGUCAUCAAUACACUGGAGCAGCGCCUCAAACCACUUGUCAAUGCUGAGCUCUCUGUGCUAGUGGACGUUCUUCACCAGCCAGAGCUUCUCUUCCUCGAGGGAACAGAUGCACGGCUGCGUUGCGAGUCAGGGGGAUUCAUCUCCAAGCUAAUUCAGCACACAAAAGCUCUGAUUUCCACAGAGGAGAAGUUGUGUAUCAAAGUUCUAAGGACACUGCAGGAAAUGUUGAUUAGAACACUGGACUUUGAUGAAAAGGGAAUUUUGUUGCGGAAUGUUCUGUUGCAGAACUACUUGUUUCCAAACAAGAAGAAUAACCUGAAGAAUGGGCUGGCAGAAUUUGGAGUGGCAGGCAGUGAGCCAGAGCGCGACUGGGUGGCGGUGGCAGCGGUUCAGUGUCGUCUGGACCGAGAAGGCGGGAGCAAACUCUUUACGGACCUAGUGAUGAGCACCAAGAAUGAUAAGAUCUUCAAGGAGAGCAUCCAGCUGGCCAUCUGCCUGCUAGAGGGAGGCAACACAGAGAUACAGAACUCUUUCUACAAGUUAAUGAUGGGGGACAACAAGUCGGAGAAGUUUUUCAAAGUUCUCCAUGACAGGAUGAAAGAGGCACAGAUGGACAUCAAAGCUACCGUGUCAGUUAAUGUUGGUGAGAUGUCCCACAAAGCCAAUGAGAAGGAGCAAAACAAUGAUUCCUCUUCACCGCUUGGACUUCCUGACACAAACGAACAUUCCUUAUUUGUCGAGGGCCAAGGAGGUAGCCCCUCCUCCGUUCAAGCUGAGUCAAUAGUGGAGCAGAAGGAGGUUGAGACUGAGAUGGGCCCAGCUGUCCUGAUCAUGAAGCCCAUCCUGAGGUUCCUGCAGCUUCUCUGUGAAAACCACAACCAGGAUCUGCAAAACUUCUUGCGCUGCCAGAAUAAUAAGACUAACUACAACUUAGUAUGCGAGACGCUCCAGUUCUUGGACAUAAUGUGUGGAAGUACCACGGGUGGACUGGGCCUCCUGGGCCUCUACAUCAAUGAGUCAAACGUCCACCUCAUCACUCAGACCCUGGAGACCCUCACGGAGUACUGUCAGGGGCCGUGUCAGGAGAACCAGACAUGCAUUGUUACGCAUGAAUGCAACGGCAUCGACAUCAUCACGGCCCUCAUACUCAACGACAUCAGCCCCCUCUGCCGUUACCAGAUGGAGAUGGUGCUGCAGCUCAAGGAUAAUGCCUCUAAAUUGCUGCUGGCGCUAAUGGAAAGUCGUCAUGACAGUGAGAACGCAGAGAGGAUCCUAUUCAACCUCCGUCCCCGAGAACUGGUGGAUGUGAUCAAAAAUGCCUACCAUCAGGAGAGUGAGAGUGAGGGUGGGGACGUGUCACCCCGUGAGGUGGGACACAAUAUUUAUAUCUUGGCCCAGCAGCUGGCCCGACACAACAAGGUAUUGCAAAACCUUCUGAAACCUCCAAAAAAGACCAAAGAAGGCGAGGAAGGAAUAUCCUCGAUGUUAAACUUAAACAAUCGUCCGCUGUCACAAAUGUUGAAGUCGUCAAUACCGACAGCCGUUGUGGAACAAGACCCACUGGAGUACUAUGACCUGCACACUUCUCAAAUUGAGAUUGUACGUGAGGAUCGAAGCUUGGAGCAGAUUGUGUUUCCUGUCCAUCCCAUCUGCGAGUUCCUAACGGAGGAGUCCAAGCUGCGUGUGUUUAACACAACAGAGCAGGAUGAGCAAGGCUCCAAGGUGACACACUUCUUCGAGCAGACGUCUUUCCUCCAUGGAGAGAUGGAGUGGCAAAAGAAGCUGCGAAGUUGGGGAUCAGGCAGACAGUCAACUGAAGCAGCGGUAACCAGGACGUCAGGCGUAGAAGGUAUGCCACUGCUGUACUGGUUCUCCAAGAGGAUGACAUUGUGGGGGACCAUCUCCUUCAACCUAGCUGUCUUUAUCAACCUCAUAAUUGCCUUCUUCUACCCGUACGACUCAGGACAAGUGGGAGCCAUCGAUGACUCUCUGCUCCUGAUGUUGUUUUGGGCUUUGACUGGACUCUCUGUGGUCGCCUUGCUCUCCCAACACUAUGGCCUCCAGCCACUUACUUUGGCCCUCAUCCUAAGGUCUAUCUACCAUCUGGGUAUUGGAAACACGCUAAUCCUUCUGGGCAUGCUCAAUGGGUCACCACAGCGUGUCAUGUUUUUCCAUCUGAUCAACAAGGUGGUGUUUGUGGUGAGCUUUGUGGGUAAUAACGGGACGUUCAUCAUGGGUGACAAGGCCAUGGUCAUGGAUGUGGAGUUCCUGUACCAUCUAGCCUAUGUACUCACCUCCACACUAGGCCUCUUUGUGCACGAACUGUUCUACAGCAUCCUGCUCUUUGAUCUCAUUUACCGUGAGGAGACACUAUUCAAUGUUAUCAAGAGUGUGACACGCAAUGGACGCUCAAUCCUGUUGACUGCACUGCUUGCCCUCAUCCUUGUCUACCUCUUCUCCAUCGUGGGCUUCCUGUGCCUCAAGGAGGACUUCAUCAUGGAGGUUGACCCGCUGCCUCAGAUUGCUCCAGUUCCUCAGCCGAGCACCACGCAGGACUUCCUCAAGUCAUGUACCACAGAUGAUGUCCACAAUGUUGAGACUAUGAGUGAGGAUAGUGAUGACUCGAACAGUGAGCGUGCCUGUGACACGCUGUUGAUGUGUAUCGUAACUGUUCUGAAUCAUGGCCUGAGAAACGGCGGUGGUGUGGGUGAUGUCUUACGCCAGCCCUCCAAGAAUGAGCCCCUGUUUCCUGCCCGUGUGGUGUAUGACUUAUUGUUCUACUUCAUUGUCAUCAUCAUUGUCCUCAACCUCAUCUUCGGUGUCAUCAUCGAUACCUUUGCUGACCUGAGGAGUGAGAAGCAGAAGAAAGAGGAGAUCCUGAAGACCACCUGUUUCAUCUGCUGUUUGGAGCGAGACAAGUUUGACAACAAGACGGUGUCGUUUGAGGAACAUAUCAAGCUGGAACACAACAUCUGGAACUACUUGUACUUUAUUGUUCUAGUGCGUGAGAAGAACAAGACCGACUACACAGGGCCUGAGAGCUAUGUUGCCAUGAUGAUCAAGAACAACAACCUGGACUGGUUCCCCCGGAUGCAGGCCAUGUCGCUUGUGGUCACCGACAGUGACGGUGAGCAGAACGAGAUGAGGAUGCUGCAGGACAAGCUUGACUCCACCAUGAAAGUGGUGCUGACGCUCACCACGCAACUUACAGAGCUCAAAGAACAGAUGACUGAGCAAAGGAAGAGGAGGCAGAGGAUGGGUUUUGUGGAUGUCCAGCAAGGUGGCAGUGCUUCAUUUCCUCCCAGCGCUGCCGGCGGGAACCACCCACAGAUGUGAAAAAAUGCUUAAACAACACUCAACAUGAAUAGGUCAAAGUAAACACUGACAAAGAAAGCAGCAGGAGACGAGACUCCUAAAACUACUGAAUACUGAAACAUCAUACAUAUUCUCAGCCACUUAUCCUUUCAGAUCUUAAUAUUUGUGCUUUUAACAGUCAUUAACAACACAGAUGUUUUCGUUCUCAUUUAUGACCUUGUCAUCGAUGUUCAUCAUAUGCAAUAAAUUUUGGCAUCCAUGUUCCAUUGUGCUUCUCCUAACUGGGGUCACAGGCAUCCUGGAGCCUAUCCCAGUUGAUUUUGCGUGAGAGGCAAGUUAAACUGAACUUGCACAUGGAAACCAUGCCACCUGCAAACAAGCAAGGCUGGAUUUGAGGUCCUCAGAACUGUGAGGCAGAUGUGCUUACAAGUUGUCCAUCAUGUUCCCAUAUUGGAAUAUAUUUGAAAGCCAAUCAUGGAUCCACUUUCUUUUGUACUCUAGUAGCACUAUGCUAUCUCACUAUAGAGUAUAACAAUACAUAGAAAAAUACUACAUUACAAUUCCCCCACCCUUUGUAGUG